UCACAAAGCAGGAUGUUGUGUUUCCAGCCCGCACAGACCCAAACUUUUCCUCUCACCACGUGUCUGUCUUGAGCCAGUGGGCAGCUGUGUAAUGCUAUCACCCUGGCCAGCCUCCAGCCCCAAUCAGCUGACAAUAGUGGUUAGCUAGUUAGCUUGCAUGCAGAGCGCAGCAGCCACCCACAAGGGACCAAGCAGGAAGAAAAAGCAGCUUUACCUGUGGCCAGGACCUUAAAGGAGUCUGCAAAGAAACAGCCCACUGCAGAGAUGAAGGGAGAGGCUGGAAGCCCGCUACACAAUGAGAAGCCAAAGCAGGAGGGACACAUCUGGGGCUCCAUGAAGAGGACGGCUUUCAUCCUGGGCUCUGGCCUACUCUUGUUUGUAGCCCUCUGGAACUCAGUCACAUGGCAUCUUCAGAGGUUUUGGGGUGCUUCUGGCCACUUCUGGCAAGCACGGUGGGAGAGGCUUCUGUUGACGUUUGAAGGGAAGGAAUGGCUCCUCUUCACCCUGGGUGCCACCACAGUGCCUGCUCUGUUUUUCUGGAUCUUUAGUGGGUUCCUCCUGAUAGUCGACAUCACCGGUAAACCCAGCUGCAUCUCCCGCUACCGAAUCCAGCUUGGCAAGAACGAGCCUGUGGAUCCUGUGAAACUGCGCCAGGCUAUCCCCACGGUUCUUGCCAACCAGUUCAUGAUCUCUUUCCCCAUGGUGGUCUUCUUCCAUCCCUGCCUCAAGUUGUGGGGAGAGCCCUGCCGCCGAGAGUUGCCAACCUUCCACUGGUUUCUUCUGGAGCUGGCAGUCUUUACCCUACUGGAAGAAGUCUUGUUCUACUAUUCUCACCGGCUCCUACACCACCCCAAACUCUAUAAGAAAAUCCAUAAGAAACACCAUGAGUGGACAGCCCCCAUUGGUGUGAUCGCUCUCUACUGCCACCCGGUAGAGCACGUGGUCUGCAACAUGCUGCCAUUGAUGGUGGGUCCCUUCAUAAUGGGUUCCCACUUGUCUUCCAUCACCGUGUGGUUAUCCCUGGCUCUCUUCAUUACCACCUUAUCCCACUGUGGCUACCACCUGCCCUUCUUGCCUUCACCUGAAUUCCACGACUACCACCAUCUCAAAUCCCAGGACCUCGGGGCCAGCCGAGCACUCGGCAGCAGGCUCCUCUCUGGCCUUGCCGAGGUUGGUCUACCCACCUUCACUUGAUGGACAGCUUCUGGUGCAUCAGAACACCAAGUUUUCAGAGCUGCAGGCCUGAACAUGCAUUACCUGUUCCCACAAGGAAAUAAAAUAGGUAAAAGUCAAUUUUGAGCACAUAUCUCAAGGAUAAAUGAGAGUGGAUGAAGAGGAAUGAGAAUGCAGUGGCCCUUCCUCUCCCCUAAUUUUUAAAGAACUUUUCACUUGCUGACCAGUGAACAAUCACACCACCAUUCUCUCCUUCCUUUUCACAAGCAGGUGGGUGGCCCUUGGCAGAAGGCCCAGCCCUAUCCUUUUCAACAUAAAACAGAAUAGCCACAAAGUUGGCUGAACAAAUAAGUCUUCUAAAAAAAGACUGAAAUUUCCAGGUCAUGGACAGGAAGUAAGAAAACUUUGCAAAAAUAAAGCGGUCUUCAUUUAAUUCCUGUAGAUAUUUAAGUUUGUUCUGUCCGUCUGCUAAGACUUACUUGUUAACACUCCUGACCAUCCUACUGGGGCUAAGGCAUUGCCAUCAGAAAAUCAGGGGCACUUCUAACAGGAAUGGGUAGAAUUCAAGUUGAGUUAAUAGGCCUGACUAUUCCCAAUGUACCUUAGUCCACAAAUGUUGUGACCACAGUCUUCUCAACUCUCUCGUGGUCUACAGAGGCCACUGCUGCUACUGUAGUACCUGCCUACUGGAUGGACAGUGACAAGGAACUCUACGGAAAACCAUUUCUAAAAGUGUCAGGUAUGGGAAAUAAGGUUAUCAAGUAAGUCAAGUCCACACUUGUCGACUUUUAACUAUACAUGGAGCCCCACCUACCACACUA